AUGUUCACUGACGGAAAUCACAAGGCUGGGUGGGCUAUAGCCUAUAGGCUAACUUCUUUAAAAACAAAAUCUAGGUGUUCAUGUACUCUUAAGCCUAAAUCCUCUCAGCUCACUCCAGCCACUACCCAGGUUUUCAGAACGUUAGCCUUUCCCUCCUAUUCUCCACCUCUGCCAAUGAUCUCUGUCCCGUGUGCCGUUCACUCUCCUAGUUCUUCUCAUUUUCUAAUUUCAAUUCUGCUUCUUAUAAGCCUCAGAGCUUCACUGACCCCAGGUGUUGUUUGA